AUGGAUUUGCCCUUAGGCUAUUAUGGAAAGGGGGAGACCUUGCAUCACAGUGGGAAAUUGGUUUGCAAGCUUCAAAAGUCUAUAUAUGGAUUUAAACAAGCUUCGCGACAAUGGUAUUCUAAAUUUUCUCAUUCGCUGCUUCAAUUUGGUUUCACUCAAUCCAAGGCAGAUUAUUCAUUGUUUACAAAAGGCACCGGUUCUUCUUUUCUUGCCUUGUUAGUGUAUGUUGAUGAUAUCAUCAUCACCGGUCCUUCUAAGUCCAACAUAGACUCUUUAAAACAGUUUCUCCAUAGUCAAUUCAAAUUGAAAGACCUUGGUUCAUUAAGAUACUUUCUUGGACUUGAAAUUGCUUGGUCUUCCACAGGUAUUGUCCUUUCUCAAUGCCAUUACACCUCGACUGGUUUUCUUGCUUGUAAUCCUGCGUCCGUUCCUAUGGAUCCUUGCACUCGCCUCACGGCCACAGAUGGACCUGAGUUACCUGAUGCAUCUUCCUAUCGCCGACUUAUCAGACGCUUACUGUAUCUUACCUUGUCUCGGCCAGAUAUCACGUUUGCUGUCCAUAAGCUGAGUCAGUUUCUUGCUCAGCCUCGUGUUCCUCAUCUUCAUGCUGCUCAUCAUCUUCUUCGGUAUCUUAAAACUAGUCCUGGUCAGGGUUUAUUCUUUUCUGCUUCCUCAUUGUUACAGCUUAAGGGUUUUUCUGAUGCAGAUUGGGGAUCCUGUGUUGAGACCAGGUGCUCUGUCACUGGUUAUUGUGUCUUCUUAGGAGAUUCUCUUGUAUCUUGGAAAGCUAAGCGGCAGCCCACUAUUUCUCGGUCCUCGGCUGAAGCUGAGUAUCGUGCCAUGGCUGCUGCCACUAGCGAAUUGGUAUGGUUGAAACAAUUGCUGCAGGACUUUGGUGUUUCUUUGCAUGCUCCUAUGUUGUUAUUUUGUGACAAUCAAGCCGCUGUUCACAUUGCUUCGAAUCCAACUUUUCAUGAGCGGACCAAGCAUAUUGAAAUUGAUUGCCAUUUUGUUCGUGACAAGGUCACUGAUGGCUUCAUCAAGCUCAUGCAUGUUCGUUCUAAUCUUCAGCUUGCUGAUAUCUUCACAAAACCAUUGCCCUCUGCUCUUUUGUUUUCUCAUUUAUCCAAGAUGGCUGUAAAAGAUAUUCAUUGUCCAUCUUGA